CCGGUUCCUGCCAACGGCAACUGAACUUCUUUUAACAAGCAGUAAUCAGAGCGGUGUUUUCUCAUUUCAACCACGUUUUUUGAGUACCCACUUUGUAUUACUUAAUCCUUCGACAGUUAAAAUCAGAUAAGAUUUUGAACGCGAAGAAAAGACUUCUGUUUUGGUUUCAAAUUUCAACGACUGUUAAGUUUAUUAAAAAUGUUUUCUUGUGAGAUUUGUAAAGAACUUGUAGGAGAGUCUACCUACUCGACACCAUGUGGCCACGUUUUCCACCUUAAGUGUAUUACAACAUGGUUAAAUAGGUCAGCAACAUGUCCUAACUGCCGAUCCAAUGUCAUAUCUACAGACUUGAUCAAACUGUUUAUGCUGGAAGAUGAAAGAUUUCAAGUCAAGACCAAGGAAGAACUGGACUUAUUAAUGAGGAAAUUACGAUCGCUGAGACAGACAAAUGUGAGUAAUGUAAUUACUCUAAGGUAUAUGAAAAGAAAAUUAAAUACCUUGCAGACCAGCUUAAAAGAAAGCCAGAACACUAGUAAUCAAUUGCGAAAUGCUUAUAAAAAUAUCAAAGAGCAAUUAGACAAUUUUAAUACCGAUGAAAUAAAGACACCUAAAAUAGUUACAAUUGAUAAAUAUAAUAAAGAGAAGUACAAAAAUGAAGUUUUAAAAAAAGAAAUGUAUGAAUUACAAGCAAUAAAUUCAGUUGAGCUCAACAAAUUAAAAUCUGAAAGAAUAAUUUUGAAAGCAGAAAAUGAUCAUUAUCAAAGUUACAAUUAUAGAAAACCAAAUAGAUCAAAGGUUAAAACUCGGAACAAAAAUAUGACUACAGAUGAAAUACCUCCCAUAUUACAGCUCAAGUUUAAACAACCUCUUGUGGAAGGAUUUUUAUCAAACUGUCACUUUUGGAUUAUUAAUGAACAUAAAGAACUUCUGGGUGAUUCAUAUCACUUACAUUUUAAUGAACACCGUUUAAUAGAACAUGGUGCUACUGUGGCUUACGAAUACUCAAGUAAGGUAACCCAUGUGCUUUGCAACAGCCAGAAGAAUUCAGAAGUUCUUAAAGGUUUAUCAGAGUAUAAAAAAUGCGUGACUGAUUACUGGUUGAGCGAUAUUAUUAGUGAAAAAAAAAUGAUACAACCUUGGUUAGCUCAUCAUUUCCCAAUACCAUACAGCUACAAUAAUUUACCAUGUAAAUACAACCAGAUAGCAAUCGUGAACUUUGAAAAAAAUGAAUAUCAUAGAGUUAAAGCGAUGGCUGAAUUUGUGGGUGCUUGCAUUAAUAAUAAAAUUUCCCAUAAAACUGAUAUUGUUAUAAGCCAAAAAUUAGAAGGUGAAAUGAUAAAAAGAGCUAAUGCUUUAAAAAUACCAACAGUAAAUGUUCAAUGGAUAAAUGAUAUAAUUCUCGGUGAAGAAAUUAGUGUAAUAGACUCAAAUAAUACAAAAUACCAACAAUUUGAUUUGUCUGAUCCAUUUUCAAUUAAUUAUGUCAGGGUAUCACAUCUAAUGGAGGCUUGGAAAGAACGUUCACGAGUUCAUUGUAUAAAAAUUGAUUCUGAUAGUAAAACAAUGAAAACAUGUUGUAUACAUGAUUUUACAAAAUCUAAUGAUGAUGGUGAGAGUAACAAAAGAAAUAAAAAAACAAAAUAUAACAGUUGAUGCUAAAGAAGAUGAUCAAAUUUCUAUGUAUAUACAUGAUUAGCUACUUGAAAGUUUUAUAGUACAGGAAAAAUUAAUUCAGCUGAUUAAAAUUGUGUUUCCAACAAGAUGUGCUAUCUUCAUUAUCAUCAUUAUAGGCGUGCAUACAAGAUUUCCAGUAUGGGUAACUGCCUAUCCUACUAGCUAAUUAAAAAGAAAUGU